AUGGCCGUCCCAACCGCCAAUGCCCUCGCCGACAUGUACCCCGAGGCCGCCCUCGCCGAGCAGGCGCCUCGGUGGAACACGCUCCUCGAGUCGUUCUCGUCGGCCUUUGGCCACAAGCCGUCCUUUGUCGCGCGCUCGCCCGGGCGGGUGAACAUCAUCGGCGAGCACAUUGACUACUCACUCUACUCGGUGCUGCCCAUGGCCAUCGAGGCGGACGCGCUACUCGCCGCCUCGUCAUCGCCGGCCCAGAAGGACGGCGUCUUCCAGAUCAAGAUCCGGAACGUCCAGGACGCCAAGUUCCCGGGGCAGACGUUCGAGGUCGACGCGCGGGGGGACGUGCCGAUUGACUCGACCAAGUUUGAGUGGACCAACUACUUCAAGAGCGGCCUGCGGGGCGCGCUGGAGCUGCUGCGGAAGAAGAAGGGCGCCGACUUUGCGCCCGUGGACAUGGAGAUUGUCAUGAACGGCUCGGUGCCGGUGGGUGGUGGCCUGAGCUCGAGCGCGGCGUUUGUGAGCGCGAGUGCGCUGGCGGUCAUGGUCGCCAACGGCGAGACGGCCGUGGACAAGACGGAGCUGACCGAGGUGGCCAUUGUCAGCGAGCGCGCGGUGGGCGUCAACUCGGGCGGCAUGGACCAGGCCGCCUCGGUCCUCUCCGAGCAGGGCGCCGCCCUCUUUGUCGAGUUCAGCCCCAAGCUCAAGGCACGGCCGAUCCAUUUCCCCCCGACGCACCCGGAGCUCUGCUUUGUCAUUGCGCAGUCGUUUGUCACGUCCAACAAGCACGUCACGGGGCCCAUCCACUACAACCUGCGCGUCGUCGAGUGCAGCAUGGCCGCGGCGUACCUCCACGCGGUCCUCAACCCGCCGGGCACGCCGCUGCCCACCGACGCGGGGCCUCUGGGCGUCAGCCUGCAGGGUUUCCACGAGACCUACUUCUACCACCAGGGCGGCGACGCGAGCGCGGCCCGGAGCGUCACCAAGGAGGAGGAGCUGGCGAGGCUGCUCCAGCUGGUCAAGGACACGCUCACCCAGGAGGACGGCUACACGCGCGAGGAGAUUGCGUCGACGCUGGGCGUCUCGGUCGCCGAGCUCGAGGCGCGCUUCACGUCCACGUUCCCCGUCCGCGCGGACCGGUUCAAGCUCCGCCAGCGCGCGCUGCACGUCUUCUCCGAGGCGUUGCGGGUGCUGCAGUUCCUGACGCUGCUGGAGCGGCCGGUGCACACGGGGGCGACGGACACGACGGCCUUCAACACGCAGCUGGGCGACCUGAUGAACGCGACGCAGGACUCGUGCCGGGAGCUGUACGAGUGCAGCUGCGACGAGAUUGACGCCAUCUGCCGCGUCGCCCGGGCGGCGGGCGCGUACGGCUCGCGCCUGACGGGGGCGGGCUGGGGCGGAUGCAGCGUGCACCUUGUGCCGGCGGACAAGGUCGAGGCGGUGCAGGCGGCGCUGGAGCGCGAGUACUAUGGGCAGAUGGACCUCACCGAGGAGCAGAAGACGCAGGCGGUGGUUGUGAGUCGGCCCGGGCACGGAAGUGCCAUCUACAAGGCCGAGGGCGUGGUAUAG